AUGGAUUCGACCGCUUCCCUCCGCGGGGCUUCGGACGAGCUCGACCGCAACGGUAGUGAUCCUGACCUGGUUCACACUCACAAGAAGCAACUUUCUCAAGAGCUUCCGGAUGAUUUACCCAAGUCUUUGGACGACCGUCGUUCCUUUCCCGUGAUUCAACCCGAGACUGAGAUGUAUGAUGGUUGGCAAGGCCAAUCCCAGUUUCUCACGACGCCUGUGGCCGCGAAACCGUUGAGCUUCAGUCUCGCCCUGGACGAUCACUCGCAUGAUGACGAACAUAGUUUACAGGCCCAGUAUGGACGGGGCCUUGCGGCUGCGGUGGAUGACGAUAAUGAGUCGACUACCACGGCUCGGCUGGAGGAUAGCGAUGCCCGGCUGAUGGAGAUGCUCGCUGCGCAGGCGGCUCAUCGGGAAGUAGAUUCACUGGGAGCGGAUGAAGAAUCAAUCGCAAUGGACGAAAAGCUAUCGGCGACAGAAAAGAAGGAUAUUUUACAACGAAGUUUGAACAUGGCUGCGAGCAACGGCGAUGUAGAACGUGUGCGCAAAUUGGUACAGGGCAAAGCGAAAGAUUAUGUGGAUGUGAACCUGCCAGAUGAGGAGGGGACCGUGCCGUUAAUAUAUGCCAGUUGCUUUGGGCACCAAGACGUAGUUUCAGCCCUUUUAAACGCAGGUGCCAAUGUUGACCAGCAGGAUCGCAAUCAAUGGAGCGCCUUGAUGUGGGCCAUGACAAACAGACACAAGACGAUUGCGAAGAUUCUUCUCGACCACGGAGCGUCGCCGGAUAUCAAGUCCUCGUCUGGGGGCACUGCGUUUGAUUUCGCGCAGCCGGGAAGCGAGAUUUCGGAAUACCUGCAUGAGAAUGGCUAUCAUUUUGGUCCUACUGUGAUUGAAGAUGAUUUUUACGACGCUGGUUUGGCGCACGGGCGGUUCGAGGAGGAACUUGCGGAGACUGAAAUGAAAAGAAGGAUGAUGAUGGAAGAGAGUGCUAUUAAUCUGGAAGUUGAUCUAUCGAGCCUGGGGCUCGAUGAGAAAUAUGAUGCACUCGAUGAGGAAGAGCUGGAAGAAGAACAACAGGAAUUUGUCUGGGAUCGAUGCCUGAACGACCAAAUGUUCGUCUUCCAGGAGAGCGAACUAGAGAGGAUCCUAGACAUAAUCAUCACCAACAUGACUCCGCAGCGAUCUGUGUCGCAGAAGCCAGUCCCCGCCAACCUCCUUUUCCUCAGUGCCCGGUACGCACAUUACCAUGCUAGCCCUGAAUUACUCGCGAAGCUACUCGUCUCGGCGACGGAUAAGAUCAACGAUGUUGUUGAACGUCAUCAAUGGGACAUGACUAUAUUGGCGUUCUGGAUGUCGAACGCCACCUUGCUCUUACAUUACCUGAAAAAGGAUGGGGGUCUCGUGGAGGCGACUGUGGAGUUCCAAUUGCACCUGGCGGAACUUAUAAAUGAGAUAUUUAUCUUAAUCAUUCGGGACGCCGAGCGCCGAAUGAAUAAGGUACUAGACGAGGCGAUGCUCGACCACGAGACCAUCCCUGGACUAGAGGAUGUUCACUUCCAAAACGAGUGGAAGCUUUUCCGCUCCAAGUCCAAGGCCAAAGCCCCCGAGCCCGCCGAAAAGCGCUUCAGGCCACCAUCCCCGCGGCGACGAGCACAGGUUUCACCGCGCAAUAUCACUUCCCUGCUAUCCUCUACACUGUUCGUGCUAGAUCUCUACGAUGUCCACUCUGUCAUUAUCACUCAAAUCCUCUCACAGCUACUGUACUGGCUGGGAGCGGAGAUCUUCAAUCGCAUUAUGACCACCAAACGCUACUUAGCCCGGACCAAAGCUAUGCAGAUUCGUAUGAACGUAUCUACCUUGGAGGACUGGGCACGUAACAAUAACCGACAGCCUGAACAUUAUGAGAAUGGGUCUAUGACUAGUACUGGCGAAAGCACUAUGGACGCCGCCCGCAGACAUCUGGCUCCGGUUAUCCAGCUAUUACAAUGGCUGCAGUGCUUCUCCUCUUUAGGGGACGAUUUCGAGUCCCUUGUCACCACUUUGCUUCAGUUACAGCAACUGACGCCAGCCCAGCUUCUUCACGCGGUUAAAUCUUAUCGGCCUGAGGUAGGAGAGAAGGGUCUCACGAAGCCAGCGAUGAAAUUUCUGAUUGAGCUGCAACGCGAUCCUGACCUGCUGUUCCGAGAACAAGCCAAACUUCAAGGGGGCAAAGAGCAAACGGCGGAGCCAGAGGCAGGGCAAACGGAGGGGCGGCCACGGACUCCUCGACAAGAUCCACCUGAUGAACAUGCCUCCGCCGCAUCUCCAAAGUCUUUCAUGACAUCACCGCGUAUGGAUGAACGAAAUGGGGCGAACGGGAUUUUCUUGGACCCAUCCCUCACCCUUCCCUUCUCAUUACCUACCAGUACCGACAUGUUGAUCAGUUACGGGGCCGGAUGGGGUGGCACCAACCGGGAACGAGCACGCAAGUACAUUCCUACUGUGCCUCCCGAGGUGUUGAGUCGGUUCGAUCGUGACAGUUGA